AUGUUCCCACCCAUACCCGGCAGCAAGGCCAAGAACUCGUCCAGACAUCACUACGAAGUCUAUCAGUACUUCCUCGGCCAAGAAGAGACCGUCCUUGGCUGUGCCGUGAAUCUCUCCUACAUGGAAUGGCUUCGCCAGUUUCGUGUCACGACUCCUCCUGAUGCCCCACAUCCCAAGGUCGUGCCAAGAAACGCCGCGGGUCCGGGAACUGGCAAAACCUGCGCGGUCGCCAUGCAGUUCCCUUUUGAACUGCUGGACAUUUACAUUGGAGCCUGGGCGGCGUGUUUUCUCAAAAACAUGCCUGAGAUUCGACUGGCACCGGACACAAAAGACGAUGAGUUGCUGUAUCCCACCGAGCACUCUGCCGAACGAACACGCCGUGCAUCCUUUCAGGCUCCGGAUGGUUGCAAGCAUCUCAAGGCCGUUCUAUGUCUGGACAUGUUCCAAGCAGAGGGUGCAGCUCCCAACAUCUUCUCGCCUGACGCCGGCAGGCUCCUCGCAGCAAUGCAAGAUGAGCUCAUUUUGCGCGGAAUCGGAGCAGAUCGUGAAGCUACUUUCAGAGCUCGAGUUCAUGCCUGCUCGCUGCUGCUUCAAGCAAUCCGCGACGGUCGAGAAGAGGCUCACAUGUGGUCAGCUAAGAGG